UCCUUCGUCUCUCCUGUAGACAUCACCGUCUCUCCUCCCCCUCUCUCAUCCCCCUCUCUCCGCCGCCACAACCCUACCACAACCGCAGCUCCCUCUUCCUCUCCCAUGCCCACUGCCACCCCUGAUCUCCGCCGCGCCGGGUGUCCUCACCGCCCUACCGCGCCUGCUGUCCCCGCCGCCCUGCCGCGCCGCUGUCCUCCCCCUCUCUCCGCCCUGCCGCCACGCUGACCCCGCCACCAUUUUUAUGCCGCCGCCGCGAGGUCAAGACUCUUCCCUGCCUCCCUCUUUCCUCGUCCCUAUAUUUUUCCAGAUCUGAUAGUCUCUAAGCGCUAUUGGUACCAAUACCACUAGUAUGCUAUUGGUACGCUACCACUACUCACUGGUACCAAUACCAGUGGUUCCCCUAUCAUCUGGUACCACUAUCAUCUGUUUUUUUUUUUUUGUUAUUCUCUACUGGUACCGCUACCAAUGCUAGUGGUAGCGCUACCAGUGCUAGUAGCGUUGUGUUAUUCUCUACUGGUAGCGUUGUACUGGUAGCGUACCACUAGUACUGGUACAUUUUUUACUGGUACCGCUAGUACUAGUACAUUUUUUAACGUACUGGUAGCGUACCACUAGCACUGGUAUAUUAAUUACCAGUAGACUAAUAGAUUGGUACACUUUUUAACGCAUUGGUACAUUUUUUCAGGUUGCCGGAGGGAGUCUGCCGGAGAGAAUUCGCCGGAGAAAAAGUUUGCCGGUCGAUGCGGAGUGGCCGCUAGAGAAAGGAAGAGAGAGAGAUAGAUAGAGAUAUUAAUGUAUAAGAUUUAAAUUUCAAAAAAAAUUAUAUUUAAUAUGAGUUUUUAUUUUCCAAUAUAAUUAAUAUAAAAGAGAUAAUUAAUAUAUUUCUUUUUUUCAUGCCAAAAAUAUCCUUGAUUGUGAAUCUGACAACCCCUUGUCACCAUAUCCGUCCCUUGCUAACCUAUUCCGAGAAAAAUGUAAAAAUUGACGAAACAACUGUGAUUUGAGUUGUCACAGCGCACCAGAUUCUGAAUCUAGACAACAGGUUGUCCAAGUUGAUCUCUUAAUUAAUGUAAAACUGCAAAGUUAAAAAGAAGCAAAAACACAGACGACAAAAAAGAGGGGACGGUGUGAUGUAAUAAAAUAUCUACUUUAUAUUCGCUCCUUCUCGACUCAUCCAGUGAAAGCCACAACUCACUACUUCGCCGCCGCUGAAUCCCCGCCACCGCAACUCAUGGCCGAUCAAUCCCCCGCCGCUCCGCCUCCCCUUCCGCUCAAAAUCAUAACCGGGGCCGACGACUUCGGCCGCCCUCUCAAAGACGCUCUAGUCGCCCAUCUCAAGUCCCUCGGCAACAUCGACGUCGAAGACCUCGGCACUUCCUCCUACUACUCCAUCGCCGCCGAGGUCGGCCGCCGCGUCUCCGCAGCCAGCGGCUCCCCCGAAGUACGCGGCCUCGUCGCGUGCGGAACCGGCGCCGGUGUCUCCAUCUUCGCCAACAAGUUCCUCGGCGUCUUCGCCGCCACGUGUCUCUCCCCCGCCGACGCCGUCAACGCCCGAUCCAUCAACAACUCCAACGUCCUCGCCGUCUCCGGGAUCUCGACCCCGCCGGAAUCCGCCAUCGAGAUCCUGGACACGUGGCUCACAACCCCUUUCAAGGCCCCCUGCCCGGCGAACAACCUCAAGCCCUGGAGCGACGAAAUCGAAUCCUUCCUUGACAAUUCCUUGAUCGAAAUGCCCAAAAUCGGCGCCGCCUCCGCCUCCGCCGCCGCGGAGGAGAAAUUGACGCCGUGCGCGCUCUGCUGCUUGGCGAAGAGCAGGAAACUGGACCCGAUCGAGAUAAUCCCCGGAGGAGCGAUGAAGAUCGUGAGAGAGAGCCCGACCUCGGCGAUCGUCAGCUUCAAAGCCGGCAGCGUGGAGCCGGCGCACCACCACACUUUCGGCCACGACCUACUGGUGAUGAAAGGUAGCAAGAGGGUCUGGAACUUGACCAAGGAAGCCAAGUACGAUCUCGUCGCCGGCGAUUAUCUGUUUACUCCGGCGGGAGAUGUUCACAGGGUGAAGUAUUUUGAAGACACGGAAUUCUUCAUCAAGUGGGAAGGGAAGUGGGACAUUUUCUUCGAUGAGGAAAUGGAAGCUGCCGAGGCCGCCAUUGACAAAGAAGCUGAGGAUGGCUACCAGUUGAUCAAGUAGAGGGAAUGCUUGUAUGAAAAAUGCUUGUACUAUUCCAAUAAUGGAAACGAGUUUCC